AUGGAGCUCUGCUGGGUCUUCUGGGGGCUUGUCUUGUGGCUGAUGGCUCCCUGCCUGGAUCUGACACGCGCAUUGGCACCCCAGCAGGAAUGGACAUACAUGGUACCACAGCAAUGUAACUGGUUGUACUUGAAAUUUGGAGACCAUGGCUGCCCUUCAAAACCACCCAACUGUUCCACCUGCCACCACACAGCUGGAGAAGCAUGUUAUGAGAAGACCAUGGGAUACUGGAGGACAAGAGUGCUUUGGUGGCUGGGCAUGGACUCAGUGUGCGAGCAUGGGACAAUGUGGAAGAAGCCACCAGAAGUGACUCCCAAUUCCCUCCUGCACCAUUUUGACUUCCACUGUGUGUCCUGUGACAUGCUGGGGAAUUCUGGCCUCAGCAUUAUCAACCAGUUAAUCUACAUGGCUUUCAGGAUGAAUUGGGCCUCCAGUCACAGCUCCGAGGCAGAGAUAAGGAGCCAAAGUGCAGGACCCUUCAUCUGUCCCAGGAACACCAGUUACCAGGGUUCCUGGGAGCAGCGCUGGCUACUGCAGCUUGCUGAUCUGGUGCCCCAAGUGACAAGAUUUUGGAAGAUGGUCUGAUUCUCUAGAGGCACAAGAUAGUAAAGACGAGGCCACUCUCUCUGGAUUUGGAUCAGAACAGCAAAGAAAGAAGUUCUAUUACUGACAGACUGAUAAUCAGACCCAAGGCCCCC